AUCUUUCUUCUGCAGAUCCACUGGUGGUUUCAAACCUUUCAGUUAGCAGUCAAUCGCUUUGACCACUGAGCCACCAGGAUUCCUCACAAUAAAAUAUAAAGGGUAACAAAUGCCUGUUCCCUAGUACUCAGUAAGAAAUGAAACAUUACCAGCUUUGUAUCUCUCCCAGAUUAUUUCUCUUCUUCCUUUUUGUCCCUAAAGCAAUCCCUCUCCUGAAUUUAUAUUUAUUUAUGCUUUUACUGAUUUUUUAUUAUACUUUUACUGCAUGUGUUUAUUCCUAACCAGUACAGCAGUGUGUUCUCACUUGUCAAUUUUGUGUGGACUUGUCAUUUUAAUUUGCUUUUAUCAAAAGUUGAACAAUAUCUCUUACCCUCUUCUUCUUUCCCUCCCCCCAGAGUAUGCACAGGUAAUCAAAAUGUUGGGAAAUGGACGAUUAGAAGCAAUGUGUUUUGAUGGUGUAAAGAGGUUAUGUCAUAUCAGAGGAAAGUUGAGAAAAAAGGUCUGGAUAAAUACCUCAGACAUCAUAUUGGUUGGUCUCCGAGACUAUCAGGAUAACAAAGCUGAUGUAAUUUUAAAAUACAAUGCAGAUGAAGCUAGAAGUCUGAAGGCAUAUGGCGAGCUUCCAGAGCAUGCUAAAAUCAAUGAAACGGAUACGUUUGGUCCUGGAGAUGAUGAUGAAAUCCAGUUUGAUGACAUUGGAGAUGAUGAUGAGGACAUUGAUGAUAUCUAAAUUGAACCCAACGUUUUACAUUCCAUUUUUUCUGAGGAUUGUCGUACAAUUUGGAUUUUGGCUCUGACUCGUUGUAGAAGAUUAAAAUUUCAUUAGCAUGACUGCGGAUUGUUAAAGCAGACUGAUUUAUUGUUAAGGUAUUUGUGUUUCUUUAAAAACUGAUAAUGCUGAAUCUUAAAUGAAAUGUUAAACCCAGUUUAUUCUUUUGAUGUAAUGGAGCUUAUGGAUAAAAGACCACAACAUCUACUUUUUUUUUUUUUUUUUUAAAGUGGGGGGAAGAAAUAUGCAAUACUGCCUUUCCUACUUUGACCACUUCCAGGAAAUGGAUAUUUUGAAUGAAUCAUUUGCCCUAUACUCAUUAUGGAUUCGGAUUAAGCCCUAGUUUUGAUUAGUCUGUUGACUGUAGUUUUGAUUAGUCUGUUGACUGUACAGAGUCUUUCUGUAUAUUCCAGUUACCUAGAUACUCCCUUGAGAUUUUGAUACAGUUUAAAAAGAGACAAAAGUCUGCAUUUGAAGUCAAAAUGAGUAGGUCUGUUUUUCCUAUUUAAGUAGCAUGUGGCUAUUUUUAUACUAAUUUUGAUAUCAUAUAAUUCUUUUCAUGAUCUUGUGUUGCCACCAUAGACAUAUCAAUGAAAAAACAUUUCCAAAACGCAGUUUUUAGAACCUGGGUUUUAAUAGCAGUUUUGAAUUUGCAAAGUUAGUAGUUGCAGAAGUUGAACGCUAGGUGGCACCCAGUUAUCUUAACAUUGGAAAUAUUGAUAUAAUUGUGACAGUUUUUCACAUGCAUAGGAAAUUUCCCAAACAGAUUUAUGUCUUGAUGGUAUGCAUGUACGUAGAAUAUUUUUUCAGAAGAAGUUUAUGUUGUGUUAAGAGUGUCAUUUUAUUUUCGAAAGUCAAACAUCAUAAGCUAUUUUGAGUGCUUUAUAAACACUUAAAUUAUGUAUAAAUGAAAAUCUAAUUUCAUAACCCAUCACUGCUGUUGAGUCAGUUCUGACACAUAGUGACCCUAUAGGACAAAGUAGAACUGCCCCCAUAGGGUUUCCAAGGCUGUCAUCUUUACGAGAGCAGACUGCCACAUCUUUUUCCCAUAGAGCCUCUGAUGGGUUCGAGCCGCCAGUCUUUCACUUAGCAGCUGAGCGCCUAACCACUGCGCACUGGGGCUCCUUGUACAUAUUAAGUCUUUUUCAAACUAUCCCUAAGCUAGAGAAAGAGGAGGGAAUCACAGCUUAACGAAAAGACAAGGCUUUGGUUUCUGAAUGGAAAAGCUACAGCUAAUAAAGAAAAUAUCGUACUACAGAGUAUAUUAUAUCCUUACUUUGUAUUAAGGAUGUAUUUUAUUGUGUGUACAUUUUCUCUUCGUAUUUUAUUGGGAUUUAAGUUAACCCUUUUUUAGUUUUUAAAGUUACCAACUCUAAGAUGAAAAUAAGGGCUGGGCUAGUUAGACCUCACUGGCCAUAUUUAAAUCUUAUGCAACUUUAAAAGAAGAGAUCUGUCAUGUAGCUUGUGAAUCGAUCUCCAGAGAACUUUUCAGUGAUGAGAAGUAAUAUAAAGGGGAAAUAAACCUUCACAUGGCUUCAAAAAACUAACGAAUCUUCCCUAAUCCCUCUCUAAUUUCCUUUCCUAAAAGUGAAAAAUCGGAGGUCAGAAUAUAUACUAAUAAAACAUUAAAUUGAAGAAUAGGAAUUAAGAAUGCACAAAAAUGUGGUUUCUGUUUCUUAUUCUGUGGAAUUCCUGGACGCUUUAAUAGAUGGAACGUACCUGAGACCAAGGACUGGUUUAUAAUAUUUGUGAGAAACCAGCCUUGAAGAGUGGACUGAAUGAUUGUCUUUAUCAGAAUCAACCUCCUGAGAUAUUUAGGCUUCUGUACAUAAAAGUGUUGUGCUGAAUGUAUAGUACAUGUCCUUCCGCAUUAUUUUCCUAAGAAUGUGUGAUCUGCACACGUGAUACAGGUCAUGGGAGGGACAGUGCAACUAAACAUUCGUUUUUCUACUUACCUCCUCUAACAAACAUGGUUUGUCUCAAGUCUACAAAUUAUAGCUAUGACCGCAAUUUGUGUGUUUGCUGGUGGGUUUUUUUUUUUUUUUUUUUUUUUUUUAAUUUUUUUCCCUUGCUAGGUAGUUACAGCCCAGUCUAGUACUAUUAUAUCCUGGAAGAUCUCAAAUUGUGAUGAUUAAUUAUAGUUAGGACAUAGUUGUAGCUUCUAUGCAACACUACUCGGAGGAGUUAUUUUACUAACUUAUAUUUCAUAUGGAAACUGUACAGUUUCAUUGAUUGGAUAUUUCAACUACAGAGUGGAAGUGGUCUUCAAGAAAAGGUUUUUUUGUGUGUGUGAUAUUCUUUGAUUCCUAUAAUACAAUGACAUAAGCUGUGCCCAGAAAGAAAAUAAAAUGAAAGAAAUCCAAUAAUGAUACUUAAUACUAAGAGUGUGUAAUAGUUAAUUACUAAUGAAUUUGAUAGGGUUGCAUUUUUCAUGCAGUGUUUAUUCUACUUCCAGUUAGAGUAUAAAAAUGUUGUAUUACUGAGGUGGCUAAAUAACCAAACUAAGUAAGCAUUUGUUGUAAAACGACCUACCAACAUUCAGAUGUUUGUUGAAUCUUUCUUGAACAUCCAGCCUCUGAAGAGACCAUCUCUUGAGCCUGUAAACUAUGCAUGAUGUAAAAUCCUGUAUUUUAUUAAGGAAUGGCCAUUGGUUUUCCUCACCACAUCUGUGGAAUCAUGGCUAUAAAUCUAGAUGCUUACAAAACUCCUUGUGAUUGGUAGUUUAAUCUCUCUGUUGUGUAAAUACUAUAUGAUGUUUAGUAACAUCUCUGAUAGGUAGAAAACGUCAGUAUUGACUUCAGAGCAACUCUAAUAGGUAAAAGCAUGUUUUCAAUAAAAUAAAAUACCUAGCUAGAUUUAUAACUGAUAUUUGUAUUGCAUACAGAUUUAAUGACAUCCACCAUUAACUGUGGCUUGACAGUAUCCUAGUAAAAGUGGGGUUGUUUAUGUUACCUGUCAUAAAGAUUAAAAGAUUUGUAUUGGCAUGAGAUGUUUAUCCUGCUUGGUAAGGGUAAGUUUCAUUUAUGCUGUUUGGGGUCCCAUGAACUAUUGCACACCACUUUGUGUCGUGUUUUUUUUUUUUUUCUUUUUUUCUUUUCUGCCCUUUUAACCGUUUUUAAGUGUACAGUUCAGUGGCGUUACAUUCACCAUGUGUAACCAUCACCACUAUUCAUUUCCAGAAGUGUUUCUUUUCCCUGCAACAGAAACUCGGUACCCCUUAAAGCAAUAACUCCCACGACUUUGUGUUUUUGAUUUACUUUUAACCAUCAUUCAUUUUAUCUAUGCUUUUUGCUUCCUAUUCAGAAAAGAACAGAAUCUGAAUUAAGUCUUAUUACAAAUUUGAUAAGACACUAGACUAUCAGGUAUAGAAUGAACUGAGGAAUUUGGAUAGUGUAUUGGACUUUGCCUUCUCUUCCCCGCCAGCUGCGAGGUAAUUAAGAGGCAGUGUGAUGGAGAGGUGAAGACCAUGGGCCCUGGAGUCAGGUGGCCUGUACCUUAACCCCCACUCUGUCCUCUACUGGCAGGUGACCACAGGACCUUCAACUUGUCUCAGCUUCAGGCUCCUCCCGUGUAAGAUGGGGUUGAGGAGAAUAGAAGCAGCCUAAAAAAAUUGGAGGGGGGAUUCAAUAAGCCCCACGUGUAAUGCACGUAGGGCAGCACUUGCUGCUUAGGACUAUGUAAUAGAGAAUGUGCACAUCUUUUAUAUUCUAUAUUUGGCAUUUCUUUUACUCAGUCUUUGAUUCCUGUAAUAGAAAGAACAUGUAGGAUAUAUAUUUGUAUAUCCAUGUUAACACAAUAUUUAAAAUAAUUGCCGCCAACUUCAUUUCAUUUAACAUAAGAUUAACUUCCAGAUAGAAGAUCUCUAAGUUGCUUGAGGGUACUUUGCAAAAUACCAGCUCCUCUUAGAGAAAGUUUAUAGUUAUUGAUAGCUCUGGUCAUAUUUCAUUCUUAAGUCUUUAAUAAGUUCUUUUACAUCCUUUUAUUACAGAUCCAUGACAGCUAAUUAUCACUGACUAAUUUAGAGGUUUCUUUUCAAACUGUUUAUAAUAUUUUUAGAAACUAAACUUUUAUUAGUGGUGAUUCUUUUCUGAAAAUAUAAUUUUUUUUUUUUUUAAGGCUUAAUUCUGAUACAUGAGGAAAAUAUGUGCUUUAUCUGUGUUUUAUUUUUGUGUUUGGUUGUUCGAAUGAACCCAUUUCAUACUCCAAGUAUGGGGUUGCAUUUUCUGGGUGAGUGAACUUGGCCACAAACCUGUGCUGGAGAAAACAUUUUCUAAUGGUGAAUCCAGUUGUCAGAAAUGACCUCACAUUGCCAAAAUCACACCCAGGACACCUUAUACAGAGAAACCCUUGAGAGCCAGAACUCGACGGGACUGCCUUGUUUUUUCCAGGUCUCAUAAGUUUUCCACUUUUGACAGAGUGCAGUCUUACCACUUUUCUAUCACUUAUUUUUGUGGAAAUAUUUGAGUUUUCCUUCUCAAACUUGGGCCUUACACAGGUUCUGGCUUUUGCAGGUUUUAUCAUAUUAUGCAGAGAUGUAUAGGUGAAGUAGAUAAUAGAUAUUUAUACAUCUGGCCAACUUGGUAACUUUAAAAGGCCAGUCUUUUGUGUUCCAAUUCAUCUUUUCCAUUCACAACCUUAUAGUGGUAGAUCAAAGCGUGGAAACAAAAUCUGAGUAAAAAAAUUCCCAUUGCUGAUUUAACCCACUGGGCUGUCAGGUAUAGGAUGACCUGGGUUUUGUGGAUUUCUUUUUUUAAAUCUUUAAAAGUCUAGGAACAGAAGGAAUUUUCUUAACUUGAUAAAGGUUAUCUACUGAAAGCAAACAGAAACAAUUCAGUUUAACAAAAAAAAAAAAAAAAAAAAGUUUAACUUAAGAAU